UGAAAGCUAUUAGGAGGGAAAAGUCCAACGUACUGACAUUCAUCUUGUACAUAUAUCUGCAGUUUCAGUUACAUUAAACAACCUAAAAGCGUCCGAAGACAUCAUAAUUCAGACAUAUUUAUGCUUUUCAGCAUUACAAACUGUAAAGUGAAAAAGAAGAAAAGAAAAUGAUUGCUAAAUCUUUGACCAACAUGCAUUUUGCCAUUGGCUAUUUUUCAACAGAUCGUACUGAAAAUAUGUUUGGCUAGACUUUUAAGUUGCUUAUAAGUAGGAAAAAAAAAUAGAAAAAAACUUUAAAGUUAUUUUUGGAAACUUAUUAGUUCAUUGGACUAUCUGGUUUGAUCUUCCAUAAUCACUACAACUGGAGUCUGGAGAGAGGAGUUAUUGAUAAACAAACAAUCUACAGUGUAGACAAAUGGGCUCUCAAGUUUGGUAUUUCCUUGCAAUCUUCACUCUCAUAACCACAGGAGAAAGCAGGCAAGUUAGUAGUGAAACCUGCCAUCCCAAUGACCUCAAGGGUUUAACAAGAUUCAAGGCUGCGAUUCGGUUGGACGAUUCAGGGCGCCUCGGGAAAUGGAUUGGCCAUGACUGCUGCAAAUGGGAAGGCAUUUCUUGCAGCAACACAACUGGUAGAGUGAUACAGAUUAAUCUCCCAGGUUUUUUCACUUCGUCAGAUGAUUCUCCUGUUCAGACAAGUAUGAAAGGCUAUUUGUCUAAUUCCAUUACUCUUCUGAGUUCCCUUGAAGUCAUUGAUCUCAGUGGACUCGCUGGCCUAACUGGUAACAUUCCUCCAUCUAUCGGCUUCCGUCUACCAAAACUCAAAAAACUUUCUCUUUUCGGGAAUAAACUCGAAGGUCGACUACCAGAAAGCAUCGGUAAGUUAUCCAAUCUUGAAGUAAUGUAUCUUCAUGAGAACAGUUUUUCGGGUUCUCUCCCUGAAAGCCUUGGAAACCUUAAAUGUCUCAGAUUCUUGGAUUUGCAUUCAAAUAGAUAUACAGGUCUUAUACCAGACUCUAUAGCGAAUCUGACACAUCUUAAAACCUUAAACUUUCAGAACAAUUUGCUGUCUCAACAUAUACCAGAUAAUAUUGGUGAUUUGCAGGCUUUGAAAGAGCUAGAUCUAUCAAACAACUCAUUAAUUGGAAGGGUUCCUUCUUCCAUAACUAAAUUAAAGGCCAUUUCUGUUAUUUACCUAAACAAUAACAAACUUGAAGGGGAGAUUCCACAACCCUUUAGCUCUGAGCAAAUGCCUGCACUACGAUUCCUCAGACUGCACGAUAAUCUACUCAUGGGCAGAAUACCUGACUCUUUAGGAUACCUGACCUCUCUCGAACGAGUUUCCUUGGCGAAUAAUAAGCUCGAUGGAUCGAUUCCUACCAGUUUAGGAAAUCUUCGGUCUUUAACAGAGUUGUAUGUAAAUGGAAAUCAAUUAUCCGGACAAAUACCAAGUUCAUUAGGACAACUCUCUCAGCUACUUAUACUAAAUAUUUCUAACAAUAUGAUUCAAGAACCAUUACCCCAAGAAAUGGCUUCCCUUAUAAAUCUUCAAACGCUUGAUCUGUCUUUUAACAGAUUAAACCUUUCUUCGAUCCCUGACUGGCUCCUAAAAUUGCCAUCACUGUCCCAAAUUCGCUUGGCGAGCUGCAGAAUUCAAGGCGAAUUAACAGAAUAUUUGCAAUCGACUUCGAGUUCACUGCAGGUGAUGGAUUUCUCAGACAAUAAUCUUACUGGAAACAUACCUGCACUCAUCGGGAGCCUAACAGAACUCUACUUACUAAACCUUGGGGGCAAUUCUCUUGUCGGAGAGAUUCCAAGUACGAUCACAAACCUAGUAAACCUCGGAGUAAUAGACCUUCAUGCAAACAAGCUAGAAGGUUCUGUACAUUGGGUUUUUGAAAUACAAACCAGAUUUGGUGGUGGAUCACUAACAUACAUUGACCUUUCAGAUAAUCGUUUCUCAACUGGAAUUGAACAGAUUGGCAAGGGGAUGCAACAGGAGAUUCAGGACCUAAAUUUAUCGCACAAUUUCCUCAACGGUAAAAUGCCUACUUCCAUAGGAACAUUAGGAUCAAUGCAAAUUUUGGAUUUGAGCUACAAUAACAUAGAAUCUGAAUUGCCACCGUCGUUGGGGAAUGCAACUUCCUUGGAGAGGCUGAAGCUGCAAAAGAAUUAUUUGACAGGUAACAUACCUAAUGAAUUCCUGAAGCUGAGAAAACUGGAGGAGUUAAAUCUUUCAAAUAACAUGCUCAUCGGAGAAAUUCCUUUUGGGAAACCUUUGAUCGAUUUUCCUAAAAGCUCUUACUUGCAGAACACCGGUUUAUGUGGUAAACCCCUUUCCCCCUGUAGAGCUUGAUCUUCAGCUUCCUUUUCUUGAAUAGCAAAGUCAACACAAUGUAACUUUUGUGUAUUGUUUGAAAAGCUCAAAUAAUUUGACAGAGAAUGAUAUGCAAGGCCGAUAGAGAUACACAAGCAAA